AUGGGUGGUGUGUUUGGAAAACCGCGGCGGAAUCAAUCUCUACAAACGAGAUCAGUCAACAAUCAUUUAGACUUGAACGAAAUAUAUAAAGGUGAUAUUUUAGAAGAUUAUCGUGUAAUAAAUGGACGGCGGUACCAUAAUGUUCAAGAUGUACAAUAUUUCUUGCCGUUAGCAGGAGAAAGUAAAGAAAAAUGGCGUUUAGAAACAGUCAGUACGGUUUGGAAAAAUGCACACGAUGGAAGACGUUUUUCUGCACCGAUUCACGAAAAAUUAAAAAAAGGAGCAAGAGUAUUAGAUGUUGGAUGUGCGGCGGGUAGCUGGUUAUUAGAUAUGGCAGCCCUCUACCCCGAAAGCUCGUUCGUUGGCAUCGAUAUUUCAUCUGAAUUCACUCUAGACGAAAAACUGGAAAACGUAAUAUAUCUACAAUGCAAUGUUCUCAACGGUUUACCAUUCCACGAUUCAUCAUUCGAUAUGGUAUAUGAGAGAUGUCUCAUUUCCGCAUUCAAUAAACACCAAUUGAUUAAAUUUAUAGAAGAGUGUGUCAGGGUGACGAAGCCCGGAGGAUGGAUAGAAUCGCAUGAAAUGGAAGCGAAGUUUAGGGGUGAAGGACCAAUUACGAAGAAAUUGAUAAUAGCGAUGAACGAAUUUCUAAAAAUUAAAGGAACCGAUGCGCAAAUGUUUAGCACGAUGUCUGAAUAUUUUGCCGCAAAUGGUAAAAUAGAAAAUAUUGGAGUCGAGAAAAAUUCUAUUCCUGUUGGGAGUUGGGCUGGUUCUGUAGGAGCAUUAAUACUCGAAACUGUUUACGACUCUUGGAUUUCCUUGAAACCUGUAAUGAAAAUAACACUUAACGUUGAUGACCAAGAAUACGAUCGCUUACUCGAACAAAUUCGUUCAGAAGGAUCAAAAUAUAAAGCGACGUAUCGAACGUAUCGGGUGUUCGGUCAAAAAGUUGAAUCAAAUUAA